AUGGCUGAAAUCAUGCUGUGUGAGACGUUUGAGCUUUACAACCUCCUCAACCAGAGCAGGCGGGGGUCCAGGCUGGCAGAGAUCAACUACCUCUGUUUGAUUGAUGCUCGUGAAACGCAGGAUUACAGAAUGAGUCACAUCAUAACAGCCAGAAACAUGAAAACGGAUUCAGAGGGCUCGUUCCUCCUGCCAGAGGCCGUGGAGGUGGACAGCAUGCAGCAUGUGGUGGUCUACGAUGGCAACAGCAGCUGUUUAAAGGAGCGAGGCAGAGCAGCUGAAUGUGCCCAGGUCCUCGCCAAAGCUAGCCUCCACCCAGUCCGCGUCGUGAGAGGAGGCUUUCAGAGGUUCUCAGCUCUGUACCCUUUUUUAAGGACGGAGAAAGUCAUGUACACCAUCAAGGAGCUGGAAAACCUGAAGACUUAUCCAGUGGAGGUCAUAGCAGGACUGCUUUAUAUGGGGGACCAGGACCAAGCCAUGGAGUCCAGUAUCCUGAGAGACCUGAAAAUCAGCUCCAUCAUCAGCAUCUCACAGAGCGACACUCCGGGAUCCACAAGAGGGAGCCAGACCAUCCUCCACAUCCCUGUGGCCAACUCAGCGGCGUCUGAUUUGUAUUCAAGUUUUGAGAGAAUUUGUAGUUUUAUUGAUUCACACGCCAGCGUCGGCUCUCGAGUCCUGAUAGUUUCCAGGUGGGGCAGAAGCCGCUGCAGUGCCGCAACCACUGCCUUUCUCAUGCACCACCUCAAAUACACACUGGAGGAGGCCUGCAGGUACGUGCUCAAAUGUAAACCCAGCGUGAGGCCAAACACGGGGUUUCUCCAGCAGCUGUCCGACUGGGAGCUUCACACCAGGGGAGCAAAAGUGACUGAUGUCUCUGAGCUGCGUUUUUAA